AAACUGAGCUCCACAGAGGGAACGGGCCUGGCCUAGUGUCAACACAGGCAGUGAAUGGAGCUCAGACCUUGGGACUUGUCAAUCCAGUGUUCCCCUUCCCCAUUCCCACAGGGAUAGCCUUCCAUCAGGGGAAUUAGUCCUGAGUCCAGGUGUGGAAACUUCCCCUCUCUACACUGCACUUGGCUGCUGCUGGGAAUAUCUGGGAUGUCAGGCUAAUUCUGGGGAAAUGCCUGGCAUUCCCAGGAGCGGCCUCUCCUGUCCCCCAUCUCCUCACCCACACCUUAUAUGGGAAGGUCCAAGUGGGCUCUUCUGAACCCCCGGCUCACCUCAUCCCCCCACCCCCUCCUUCACACAGGCCAUGCUUUCAGGGACCGGGCUUGGACAGCUUGGUUCUCUUCCUAGUGACAGGGACCCUGAAGGGCUGGAGGGGACCCCAGCCUCACUCUGCCUUACCCCUCAGACAGUUGUGGAAGAGCACCAAGUUCCCUGGUCCCAUCGAUGGCUCAAUGAUGAAGGGAUAAUAUGGGAUCUGAUGGGUGUUUCCUGUUUUGAUGUUGGAGCAGCCAGGCCCGGAGACAGGGGCAUGAUGCCUUAAUCCCCUGUAUCCUAGAAAGGUUUGAGGAGGGAUUUCCCACCAUCUGUUGAACAUGUGGCUGUCCUCACCAUGCUCCCAUCAUUGAUUAUUCUGCCUUUCCCUCCAGCUCAGCUUGAGAAAAGAGGUGUGUCAACACUGUCCAUUCUGGCCAUCCUGAUUUGGGGAAAGCCUCCUUCCCCUAAAUUUUAGGCAAUGAGAUAUGGUCACCUCCAGCCCAAGCUCAGCAUGGCCCGGGCACUGAUUCUCCUCACUCUCUUGCUGCUCCUGCCUCCCAGCCUUGGGGAAUUGCCUUCUGUCUCCAGACCUCCAGGCUCACCUCUGGAAGAGGAGCCCACAUCUGGGGAAUUGAGGCUGGUUCCUGGAGCUUCAGAUGCAUACCUCAGACCUGGAAAGCUGCCUUCAACCUAUGGGACCAAGAAGUCAUGGCUAGAGGACCACUUAUUACCAUCUGCUUCAGAAGCCCGGGUAUCCAGGGCACCACCUGAAUGUCAGUUGCAGAGCCUGAUACUGUCAGUGACCGAGCUAGGUCUUGGCUACAAUUCUGAUGAGACCAUUGCCUUCCGCUACUGUGCUGGCAGCUGCCGCAGUCCCCGUACCCACUAUGGCCUGACAUUGGCCAACCUUUCAGGUAAGGGCCAAGUGAAGACCCAAAUCUGCUGCCAUCCCACCCAAUAUGAAGAUGUGGUCUUCCUGGACAACAAACAGCAAUGGCAUCAUCUGCCCCAGCUCUCCGCUGCUGCCUGUAGCUGUGGCAUCUGAAAGGCCUGCUAACCCAGUCCACAAAGCCCACCAAUCCCUUCACCAAGCUGUGCAGCAGUGCUGAGACCCACCCUACCUCUCACCCAGCACUGCCCUCCUUUCUCUUCUCUGAGGUUGAAUGUAAAAUGCAUUCCUCCUCUGGCUCCUUUGUGCCAGGGCCCAAUGUGUCCACUUUAUCAGCAUCCUGCAGCCUCACACCUGGCCUGCCCAUGGACAUGUGGGAAUACACAGUUAUUGACUUGGUAACUGAGGGGAAGUUAAGUCCAUUCUCCAGAGUGGGUGUGAUGGAAAACUACGGGGACUUUGUGGAAGAGGGACAUUGUUAAUAAAAAGGCUAUGACUGCU